CUCUGUGGAUGGAAUCGUAGCUGAACAGUGGAGGUUGGGGCUUUGGGGGCGGAACUCAGCUAUAAUUGGUGGCUGACCCCUGAGCUGUGGGGAAAUAGUGUACGGCCAAUGACAGAUGACAGUUGACAGUUGACAUGUACAUCAGUCAUCAUCCAAUAUACACUCGAAACAGCAUUGAUGAUAUCCAAAAUACAGUUCCAUUUCUUCCCAGAUCAAAUCCUUGUUACCGAAUUCGAUAGCAACUACCAGUUAAGUUGAAACGAUGAUGAUAUGACGACAUCCAAGUCACCACAGCAAGCGAACUGGCCGGCGCCCUUCAUCAUCGAGCCUUCAUCACCACCACAUACAACAACCUUCAUCUUGCUCCAUGGCUUGGGUAGCAACGGCGAAAAAUUUGGUCGGGAGCUUCUCGAUACCGGAAUAUCUUCUGAUGGCCACAGUCUCCGCACCGCCUAUCCUUCUGCAAGAUUCAUAUAUCCCACCGCUAAAACUCGUCGCGUAACCGCGUUGAAGCGGUCCAGGGUCCCCGCAUGGUUCGACAUGUACAGUCUUGGAGAUCGGCUGUAUCGCGAGGAUGUCCAAAUCGAAGGUCUUGUAGAAUCCUCGGAGUACAUUCGCGUCCUGAUUGAGCGGGAAUUGCGAGGGUCAUUGCAACCGAAGGAUAUCAUUCUGGGGGGCAUUAGCAACGGAUGUGCACUGGGCCUCACAACACUUCUGAGUUUGGCCUACCCAAUUGGAGCUUUUGUAGGGCUGUGUGCUCGACUUCCCUUCCGUGGAGAUAUCGAAGAUGUUAUUCGCCACGCAGAUGCGGUCAUCAAUGGGCAGGGCGAUGGCGAGGUUACGUUUGGUGAAGAGGAUGAUGCCGUCGCUUCCGAGCUCAAAGAUCCAGCAAUUGAGGUCUUGACUCUCGUGCGAGAUUUGGUAUCCAUUGAUGCGAAAGUCGGUGAAGAGUCAAUAAGCAUUGCGAAAAGUGCUCUGACGACACCAGUCUUCCUAGGCCACGGGGAACAGGACAACGUGGUUCCUUGCUUUCUGGGAAAAGAUGCCGCUCAAACACUCACCUCGCUCAACGUCGACGUCACUUGGAAGCUUUAUCCAGAUCUGGGUCAUUGGUACAAAAUUCCUGAUGAGAUUGACGACAUACUAGCUUUCUUGCGCGACAAAGCCCAGCUGUUUGACACUGAAAAGUGA